AUGUUAGUGAAUUUCAACAAUCUUGCACAAUGGUGCCGUGGCCCUACAAGUUUCUCAAAGGCUAUCCUGCUGUGUCUUCAUGCUGCUUUUCUCUUUCUAUCAGUGGUAGGCACCAGUGCUGGUACCACUGAACCCCAAAAGUAUUCACUGCACAUGAUUGACUUGAAUGCGGAGCAUCGUCGGUUGGUUCCCAUCAGCGGAUAUGUUCAGUUUGGAGGAAAUCUUGUGGGAGAUACCAAUAGGGGAGAAUUUGGAGAGUCUGUGACCAUAGAUGAGACAGGAACAACAAUAGUGGUCCAUGAAAGACAAACUGGCAUUGUUCGAGUCUACGAGAAUGCUGCCAAUGGAUGGACUCCAAAAGGUCAAGUCUUGACAGGUUUUCCUGUCUCUUUUAUCUUCAAUAGUGGUCGUUCAGUUGCAAUAUCACGAGAUGGCAGCAUUGUUGCUGUGGGCUCUACCAACAAUCGAGUUGUUUUUGUAUUCCAAUACAACACAAGCGCAGACAUGUGGGUGCAAAGAGGCAGUACAAUUCAAGGUGUUGAGAGAGAUGGAACAUCGCCAAUUGCAUCAUUUGGUUUUUCCAUUUCUAUGUCAGCAGAUGGAAACAAAAUUGCAGUUGGGGCUCCCGAAUAUGACAGCCCAACUCUACUUGACAUUGGCUUUGCAACAAACUACUUCUGGAAUGGCACUGACUGGGAGCGUUAUGACUAUUUUGGUGACAUUUCUGGAUUUUAUGGAGAAAUUCAAAAUGCACAGUUGGGGGCAUCUGUAGCCUUUUCUGGAGAUGGCAGCUGGUUUGCUAUUGGAAUGCCCGGAUCUGGAUCCUCUGAGUCUCUAGCCACACGGUUUGGUGAAUGCCGUGUUUACAACAUCGAAAGCUUAGUUGUCCAGACUAAUAUUGUUGACGGUGGAGCAAUGUUUGGGUCUGCUAUCAAUGACCGGUUUGGCAAUUCCGUGGCUCUAAGUUAUGAUGGAAGCAUCAUUGCAGUUGGUUCUCCUGGAUUUGAUGGAGAUUUCUCUAACACUAUUGGUAGGGUACAAGUCUUUGAAAGAAUCGGAGAAACAUGGAGGCAAUUGGGAAGUGAUCUCAUCGGGGACAACGAAAUAGAUGGCUUUGGGUCCACCAUUGAUUUAUCGGAUGAUGGCAAAACCCUUGUGGCUGGAUCUGUAACUGUUUUCUUGGGCUCAACCCCUACACCUUCUCGCGGUUACACUCGCAUCUACAAGUUUGAUGGCACGGAUUGGGUCCUUCAAGAGAUCAGCAGGGCCCAAGGUUUUGAUAUUGAUGGAAUUAGGGAAGGUGAUGAGUUGGGAUGGAGUGUUGCCGUUUCUGGUGAUGGGACCAAAGUCCUUGUUGGAGCACCCUUUUAUGAUGGUCCUGACACAAAUAAUGGACUUGUCCAAAUGUGGGGACAAACUGACUUUCCCACAUUUUCACCUAUCCUGAAUCCUUUGCCCCAAGUUGGCAACCUAGGCACUGGUGGAAGCCCUGCACAGGCCAGUUUGGUUAGUAGGGCAUUCACUUGGUGGCAGGGAGCAGUGGCCUAUUUGGAAGGUUUUUUUGUUUUUAAUUGA